AUGGCUGCCCGCGACGCACCCAAACCCAAAAUCGACCGACAAUCAACAACACCAUUCCACCUCAAGCUCUUCUACCGCUCCCAAUCCUUCCAUAACCUCGCCGACUUCUCAAUUCAACACUCCUCAUCCUCACGUGGCGGCGCCCUCAGCGGCCCCAACGCCAUUCGAACGCGCUCCCCUCCCCCGCCAGCACCACUUCCACCGCACCUCCAGAUCUACACCUGGCAAUCCUGCACCCUGCGCGAGCUCGCACUCCUCUUGACCUCGGCACUUCCCUCGGCGCUUCCCGAUCCGCCAAUUGGAACCCGUUUAUGCUUCCGUCUCAUAUACCCAGACACCAAGGGCGCAGCGAUGAUGGGCCCUGACGCGCGAGGCAGAUACCUCAGCAAGGAUCUAGGCAGUGUGGUGAUUGGGCCCCGCGAGAGCCCCUACCGAGACGGCAAAGACGAGGAGGAAGGGUCAAAGAAUGGUGCGCCGCUUCCGCGGACGGGACCUUUCAGGAUGCAGGGGAACGACGCGGAGAAGACAUUGCAAGAGGCGCGAUUUGUGAUUGGGGAUUAUGUCGACUGUGCCAUUUUGCCGCCAUUAGAGGAUGGAUCUGUUGCGCCGCCAUUGACGGGUGGGAGGGGUCCAAUCUCUGGGGGUGGUAUGAGGGCUUUCCGGGAUAAUGGGUUCGGUCCUGGUGGUGGUGGACGAGGAAGAGGCGGUUGGAGAGGCGGUGGCGAUCGAAUCCCUGCUGGAGAUUGGAGGCGUGGUGAACGACUUCCAGAGGGUGGAAGUGGAAGGGGAGGGGGACCUGGUAGGAGGGGAUGGGCGCCGUAUUGA